AUGGCUCCCAUCCGCCGCUACCUACGCAUCAGUAAAUAUUCUGUGCUGGAAUGUCGAAUAUAUUUAGACAACCCGUCUGACAAUCGCUGGCUUCUCAACUCUCAAGAUCCCGUCCUCCCACGCGUUUUCGACGUGAUUCGACCGUUGGUGUUGCCGAAGCUGCGGGAAGAGAAUGAACGACGGUUAUUUCGAAAGAAGAGCAAGGCCACCAAGGAUGUCAUCGCUGAAGAUGACUUCGAAGUCGGUAUCUUCCUUCGCGAAUCGCGCACCCGCCAUUCCCUCUUAACGCGACAUAAAACUUUCGACCAGGCGGGGAAAAUGGAAGAGAACGAAGACUCAAAGAAAAUGCUCGGAGCUGCCGAUGCCGCAAACCCAGAAGUCAUCGAUAGUGAUAGCGAUCCCGAGUUUGACUUGCGCGAUAUUCCCGAAGCGACCGACAAUGGCAGUGCUCCCCAUGAUUUAUCAUCGCGGAAGAGAAAGAGACAGGCCUCGGACCUGAUGGAGACUGAAAAUAAGGAUGAGAAAAAGCUGGGGUUCAGCACACAUUACGAAAGCUUCAAUAUCUCGGGAUGGGUGCUGUGUCUGCUCAUUUCGCGCAAGGGGGACCAGGCAAGACCGAAUGUUGCGACCUCGGAGCCUAAGCAGCCGUUGAUGGAGCAAUGGAUUUCGACACAAGCACAAGGUGAUGAGGAUUGA